GAUGGUGGUAGGGUGUACGGAGCGGGUUGCCAGGCGCGUACAAGCCGCGGUCGACGUCGACGUCCCGAACUACGUGUAUAAAACCUUAAUUCAAAACCGGACGGGUACCUCACUCUUCAUCCUCAUCCUACCCUCUUAAAAAGAACUCCAUCCUCUUCACGAAUCGAAGGACUCAGUCUCUCACGUCACACCUGCAUUCGCCUCAGUCCAGUGACGCACGGACCUCCCCACCCAAAAAUACUUCCCUCGAACCCCCACACUCGCCCAUAUAGCAAUUAUGGACGCAAUCAAAUCCGUUGUCGAGAAGGUCGUUCCCGGACUCGUGGACACCGCUUCUCCUCCCUCCGGGGCUCAAGUCGCCGACCUCCGCGCCAAAUACGAUGCAGCCGGCCAAUCCCAGGUCUUCACCUUCUGGGACUCGCUUUCCGACAGCGAGAAAGCUGCGUUGUACACCCAGUUGUCCGAUAUUGACCCUGAACGCGUCAACCGUAUCGCUACCGAGACCCUCAACCCCGCUCUCACUGCUGAGGGAGACGACAAGGUUGAGCCCCUUCCCGCCGCACAGACCGCCUCCACCAUCGAUGCUUCCGAGUCUCAACUCCAAGCCUGGAGAACGAAGGGUCUUGAGCUUAUUGGCGAGAGCAAGGUUGCUGUUUUGUUGAUGGCCGGAGGACAAGGUACCCGUCUCGGGUCCUCUGACCCGAAGGGAUGUUUCGAUAUUGGUCUUCCCUCUCACAAAUCUCUCUUCCAACUCCAAGCCGAGCGUAUUCGUCGCGUCGAGGUCCUCGCCGCCAAACACGCUGGAAAGGCAGCGGGUGAGGUCGUGGUGCCGUGGUAUGUCAUGACCUCCGGGCCCACCCGUGGUCCCACCGAGGCCUUCUUCCAGAAGAACAACUACUUUGGUUUAAAGAAGGAGAACGUCAUCGUUUUUGAGCAGGGUGUCUUGCCUUGCCUCACUAACGACGCCAAGAUCAUCCUGGAGUCAAAGGGCAAAGUCGCGGUAGCUCCCGACGGCAACGGUGGUCUCUACCGCGGUAUGAUCACCUCCCCCGUCCUCUCCGACCUCGAGAAGAGAGGCAUCGAACACGUCCACGCAUACUGCGUCGACAACUGUCUCGUCCGCGUCGCAGACCCUACAUUCAUCGGAUUCUCCGUCGCCAAAAACGCGGAUAUCGCGACUAAAGUCGUACGGAAACGCGCGCCCGAGGAGCCGGUUGGACUCAUCGUUUUGAAAGGUGGGAAGCCGGGUGUUGUGGAGUAUUCCGAGAUUGACGAGGCUUUGACGAAGCAGGUUGAGGAGAUGGGGGAGGAGAAGGGGUUGUUGAGGUAUCGGGCUGCUAAUAUCGUGAAUCACUACUACCAUAUCAGGUUCUUGUCGAAGAUCCCGGUGUGGUGCGAUAACCUGCCACACCACAUCGCACGCAAGAAGAUCCCAUACGUCGACCUCGAAUCAGGCGAAACCGUCAAACCCUCAAAGCCAAACGGCAUCAAACUCGAACAAUUCGUCUUUGACGUCUUCCCCUUCAUCUCGUUGGACAAUUUCGCCUGUCUUGAGGUUAAACGCGAGGAUGAGUUCUCGCCGCUCAAGAAUGCUAGGGGCGCGGGUGAGGAUGAUCCCGAUACCUCGAAGAAGGAUAUUAUGGCGCAGGGGAGGAAGUGGGUUGAGGCUGCAGGUGGGGUUGUGGAGGGGGAGAGCGAGGAGGAGAGUGGGGUUGAGGUUAGUCCGUUGGUGUCGUAUGAUGGGGAGGGGUUGGAGGGGUAUGUUAAGGGAAAGACGUUGAGGGCGCCCGUUAAGAUUGAGGCGGAUGAGUAAGGGUGGUAAGAUGCGUGACUGUAGGGAUGUAGGAUAUUACAUUAUAGUGACAUUGCUUAUGGAUUCUAUGAACUUGCUUCUUGAGUGUUGAUGAUUGCAAAACCUGUCCACCUAAAAAGUCAC